ACACACACACACACACACACACACAUACAUUCAGAUAGAGAGAAAGACGGAUUGUCAGGGAGAGGGAGGGAAGAGCAAGAGAGGCCCUCCCCGCCCCCCAGAAGGGGGCGGGGCGAGUAGAGGCGAGGCUACUCGACUCCUCCAGCGGCUCGCGCGGGAGUCUGCAGCCUCGUUGUGGUCAGUCUGGCACCCAGUGGCAGCGGUAGCAGCAGCGGUUAUCCGCUUCUCGGGUGUCUCCAGCACUUCUCCCCCACCCCCGGCCCGCCAGCGAGCGGCGCCGGCGGCCACGCCUAAAAUGACUAAUGUGUGAUCUCACUGGAAUAAAUGGCGUCCAAAGUGACAGAUGCUAUAGUCUGGUAUCAAAAGAAGAUUGGAGCAUAUGAUCAACAAAUAUGGGAAAAAUCGGUAGAACAAAGGGAAAUUAAGGGGUUAAGGAAUAAACCAAAGAAAACAGCACAUGUGAAGCCUGACCUCAUAGAUGUUGACCUUGUAAGAGGAUCUGCAUUUGCUAAAGCAAAACCUGAGAGUCCUUGGACUUCUCUAACAAGAAAGGGAAUUGUUCGAGUUGUGUUUUUCCCCUUUUUCUUCAGGUGGUGGUUACAAGUAACUUCAAAGGUCAUUUUUUUCUGGCUACUUGUUCUUUAUCUUCUUCAAGUUGCCGCAAUAGUAUUAUUCUGUUCAGCUCCAGGCCCACAUAGUAUACCUCUGACUGAAAUAAUUGGGCCAAUAUGGCUGAUGUUGCUACUGGGAACUGUACAUUGCCAGAUUGUUUCAACCAGAACCCCUAAGCCUACUCUUAGCAGUGGGGGCAAAAGAAGAAGGAAAUUAAGAAAAGCAGCACAUUUGGAAGUACAUAGGGAAGGAGAUGGCUCUAGUACUACAGAUAACACGCAGGAAGGAACAGUGCAGAACCACGGUACCAGCACACCUUACAGUAUUGGCGCUGUCUUCAGAGAACUCUGGCAUGCUGCUUUCUUUUUAUCAGGGUCAAAGAAAACAAAAAAUUCCAUUGAUAAAUCAACAGAAACUGAUAAUGGUUAUGUAUCCCUUGAAGGGAAAAAGACAUUUAAAAGCAGUGAGGAUGGAAUACAAAACCAUGAACCUCAGUGUGAAAUCAUUAGAUCAGAAGAGACAGGUUGGAGCACAGGAACAAUCAGGAAUACACCCAGUAGUCAGCAAAGAGACAACCAAAGGAUAAUCACAAAUGUCUCAGAUGAAGUAUCAAGUGAGGAAGGCCUUGAAACGGGAUACUCAUUACGUCGCCACAUAGACAGAGCCUCUGAAAACAUCCUCCGAAAUAGGAAGUCACAUCAUUAUAAGAAGCAUUAUUCUACAGAGGAUGCCCCUAAAUCGGGUACUAGUUGCAGCUCUCGCUGUUCAAGUUCCAGACAAGAUUCUGAAAGUACAAGGCCAGAAUCUGAAACAGAAGAUGUAUUAUGGGAAGACUUGUUACAUUGUGCAGAAUGCCGUUCAUCUUGUACCAGUGAGACAGAUGUGGAAAAUCCUCAAGUUAAUCCAUGUAUGAAAAAGGAGUAUAGAGACGAUCCUUUUCAUCAGAGUCAUUUGCCCUGGCUCCAUAGCUCCAAUCCAGGAUUAGAAAAAGUCAGUGCAAUUGUAUGGGAAGGCAAUGACUGUAAGAAAGCAGAGAUGUCUGUGCUUGAAAUUAGUGGGAUGAUUAUGAACCGAGUCAAUAGCUACAUACCAGGCAUAGGAUACCAGAUUUUUGCAAAUGUGAUUUCUCUUGUCCUGGGUUUUACUCCAUUUGUUUUCCGACUUUCACAAGCUACAGACUUGGAACAGCUCACAGCAUAUUCUGCUUCAGAACUUUAUGUUAUUGCAUUUGGUUCUAAUGAAGACAUCUUGGUUCUUUCUAUGGUUUUAAUAAGUUUUGUAGUUCGUGUAUCUCUUGUAUGGAUUUUCUUUUUUUUACUCUGUGUAGCAGAGAGAACAUAUAAACAGAGACUACUUUUCGCAAAACUCUUUGGACAUUUAACAUCUGCUAGAAGGGCUCGAAAAUCAGAAGUUCCCCAUUUCCGGUUGAAGAAAGUGCAGAAUAUAAAAAUGUGGCUAUCUCUUCGUUCCUAUCUUAAGCGUCGAGGUCCUCAGAGAUCAGUUGAUGUAAUAGUUUCAUCUGCUUUCUUAUUGACGAUUUCAGUUGUGUUUAUCUGCUGUGCCCAGUUACUUCAUGUGCAUGAGAUCUUCCUUGAUUGUCACUACAAUUGGGAACUGGUGAUUUGGUGCAUCUCUUUAACACUUUUUCUGCUAAGAUUUGUUACCCUUGGAUCUGAAACAAGCAAAAAAUAUAGCAAUACCUCAAUAUUACUUACUGAACAGAUAAACUUGUACUUGAAAAUGGAGAAGAAACCUAAUAAGAAGGAGGAACUGACAUUAGUGAAUAAUGUUUUAAAACUUGCUACUAAAUUAUUAAAGGAAUUGGACAGCCCCUUCAGGUUAUAUGGACUUACAAUGAAUCCGCUGCUUUACAAUAUCACCCAGGUUGUCAUAUUGUCUGCUGUUUCUGGUGUUAUCAGUGACUUACUUGGAUUUAAUUUAAAGCUUUGGAAGAUCAAAUCAUGACAGUCUAGAGAAGUGACCUCGUCCUGUCUUCUGAAACAAGUACUGACUAAGCUGUCUCAAAGCAGUCACUGAAUCUGUGCUUCAGAAGCUACGGUCUCCUUAAAGGAUGUAGCUUAGAAAAUUGAAGUGUUUACAUCUGACUGUCUUGUGCAAUUGUUAUAUUUAUUUUUACCUUUUCACUGUUUUUACACUUUAGUCUAAAUAUUUUAUUUUCAGACAUUGAUAUAUCUAGUUAUUGAAAGGGUGAUAAAAACUGAUAUCCAUGUACUUGAGAUCCUGGUAAUGGUUCAUAGUCAGUUACUAAUGUAACUGAUCCAGAAUCUAGAAAUCAUUGCUGAGAAUUGUUUGCUCAUAGGUACAGUUAACUUGCCUUACUUUAGAAAAACAUUUUUUAGGUUAAGCAGUUUAUAAUGUUUCUGUAGGCACAAUACUGUAUACACCUAGUAUUCUGAUACAUUCAGGAUGUACUUAAUUGUUCUGAACAAGAACCAAGUAUAGGUGGACAGAAAUAGCAGAUUGAUUUAUUUCUUGUGUUAGAACAUUUUCUAGAUUCCAGAAUUUUCUCUUUAUCUUACAUUUGGAAUAAUGCCAGGAUCUAAACUGAUUAAGCUGCAGUUUAAGCACCCUUCAGUAUUAAUAAAUUAAUAUGGUAUUAUAUAAAACAGGUCAACAAGUGCUCUUUGAUGAUAAAACUCUUAAUAGAGCAAUAAUUGUAAAUGGUUACAAUACCAUAGGGUAUUUUGAUAAAAAUGAACUAGUAAUAAUUCUAUUUAUUUGAAACACUGGGCUGUUUGCACAGCUCCAACUGUGCAUGCUCAAAAUGUGCACUUUUAAAAUGAUUACUUUUAAUGUGUAUCUUUAUAUGGAAUAUGUUAUAGUGUACUGGGACUUGAUAUGGUAUCCUUUUGAGUGAGGUAUAUAUAUAUAUACUCAUCUCACAAGUGAAGUGCCUCUUGAUUUUACUAAGGUACCUUAUGUUUACUCAAGUAAAAUUGAUUUUUUUCACCCAUGGUACACUAUAGCAUAUUCAUUUCUACCACACUCAAACAAUCUAAGGAUAAAUAUCCAUUAAAGAUGCUAUAUAUGUGUAUGUGUGUGUGUACACAAAUAUAUACAUAUAGACACAUACAUACAUGUAUAUAUUUGUGUUUUUAUAUAUAGACAUCUAUAUGUAAACAUAUGUACACACAUCUUGAAGUUCCUUGAAGUAUAUAAAAAAUUUUCAGAAAAAUAUAGUUUUUACAAACUCUGUCCCCUAAAUUUCAUCUGAGCUAUACCCCUCCCUUUCUUAUUGUCACAAGGGCUAUUUAGAAUUAUAAUUCUUCUAGAAAAUUGAUUUCCCCAAAAGUGUCAAAUUGAAUAACUUAUGCAUGUUAGGCAGAUGGAGUUAACUUGAUGGUGUCUUAUGUUGAAUCUUGAUUUAAGGAUGUUGUAUUUGUAUAAUCAAUUAUGACUAACAAAUUUUCUGAAAAAUGGACACUUGCCCCAAACCAGGAAUUGUUUGAAACAAGUAAAAAUCUUGUUUGAGCCAAGUCCAUCAUGUUUAACAUAUUCAAAUUCUUACAGUUUUUAGGAAAUUUAACAUUGUAAUUUAUAAAUUAUUCCUUUGAGACUGAUAUAUUCACCUAAAGCAUAACUUCAGAUCAGGUAUGUGUAAAGAGUAGAACCAUGUAGACAUCACUUUGUUCUUAUCAUUCCAUGCAAUCAGCAGGUUUGGGGAUAAUUUAGCCUCAAAUUGUGUGGUAUACACUACUUCUAUGUAAAGCAACAAGUAAGCAUUUUACAAAAUUUGCCUGUGUACUAAUAAGAUUAAUAAUGACCAAAGUGCAUUCUGAUUUUUUGAAGGAAUGUAUUACUGGAGCUUUAAGAACAUAUUUAGUUUCUCAUGUGAAAAAUUAGGCUAUGUCUGAUAUGUUUCUUCUUCCUCUGUUGUCUCUUGUUGGGGUUGUUUUUAGGAAUUAUAUUUUAUAAACAACUUUUCAAAAAUAAGGUACAUACCUACACAGAACUUACAUUUUGCACAGAAUAUAUUUUGAGAAAAAAAAAGUACAGCAUGAGUUCUGUUGGAGGUAAAAGUGAGACUUAUAUCUCAAAAAAUGAAACCUUUUAUUUCAGAAUGGAAGUAUUUUUGAGAAACUUAAAUGUUGACUAUACUGAUUUAAGAAAGCCUGUUUAAAAAUUGAAGUUGGGAGAUGAUUUAUUAACUACAAUUCACCUCUCAGCAACUUUUUAUUAAUGUGCUGGAUUAUGUUACUAACAUUGGCAGCAGAAGGGCAAUAAAAUAACAAUUCGUCAUUUGAAGUAAUUUUAGCCUGUCAUUGAAGCAGGAAAAUCUAAAUCCCUUCCAUUAAAUAUGUCAUUAAUGUAAGAAAAUUAAAGAAAUUGUUACGUAUCCCAUAACAUAGAAAAACCAGGUAAAAAAAAUAGAGGUAAGUGGAAAUGUGGCAGAUUGUGUGUUAACUAUUUUUUUUGUUUUCUUUUGUUUUCUUGGCCACAUAUAUUGUAACUGAAAGUUUGAUCAGCAAGUUUAAAAUAAAGAAAUCCAUGGAUGAUGGUAUGAAAAAUUGGCAGCAAUUUUUAAAAACUCAUUUUCAACUACUUUUCUAUGGAUGUAUUGACAUGAA